CGGUUGCGACGCUAUUUAAGGCCAUAACUGCCGCGGCAUGUCUCCGCAUCGCUUCGACCGUAUAACUCUCUUCCGGGGCAAACCACGCACUAUACACCAUGAAGGCUAACUCCGUUGUUCUCGUCCUCAUCGUUGGCCUGGCCUUUGUUCAAUGCAAAGAAGUCAAGUACAAAGACUGUGGUUCCACAGCCAAAAUCCUGUCGGUGGAAAUAGAGCCGUGUGACUCUGAGCCGUGUGUCUUCAAGCGUGGAAAUAGAACCACCAUCCUGCUCUCAUUGGUUUCAGACCAGAACAGUGAGACCGCUACGCUGGACGCCAGGAUGAAAGUGCUUGGCAUGUGGUUGCCAAUUCCCGGCCUGGAGAAAAACCUGUGCAAGAGCGCCAUUCAGUGUCCCAUCGUGAAGGGAAACACCUACAACGGAAUAAUGAACGUGAUCGUGCCGCGAUUGAUGCCCUCUGUUUCAACUGACGUGCAGAUCAAGAUUGCGGGUGACAAAGGAGUGAGCGUCUGCAUCAGAAGCGCAAUCACCAUCGGAUAAAACUUCCUACGCACAUAUUUCGCUCGACGUCAUCGUAAUCAGGUCCCAUUGUCACCGCAAACUGUGAUGCGUGUUCCAGGCAUCGCUCCUGGCGCCCUGAGGACGCACUUCUUUCUCCUCGUUAAUAAGGGCUAAGAAUUUUGGGCCUCAAUAAAAGUGCCAGAAAGCGACGCAGACUCCACUUGCACGCCCCUUCUCUUCAGUUUACUUUAUUUAGACAACCUUAUUCAAUGCGAUUGGCAUUCUUUGUAUACUUCGAUCCGUUUUUGGUGUGCUGGUGUCUAACCUCUUAAACGGCGCUCUUCACUUGUCUGCGAGUGCUCUCCACAGGUGCAUGUUAAAAGUGAGAACGGCCGGCUUGCUAGCUGUCUAUGAAUAAAGCUUUUAGACUUGAAA